AUGAGAGCUCUGCAUGCCAAGUGCUUCGAAACUUCUAAAGAAGGAGUUUCUGUUGAGGAGGCAAUCGAGUUGAUAGCCCAGAUCCUCUACACUCGCCGUGAAGUGGGGCUGAUCGCGGGUUGGGAAGCCAAAACGGAGCAGCCUGCUUUGUAUCGCGUGGACGGUAUAGGGGGAGUUAUAAAAGGGGAAAUAUUGGCCAGCGGAUCUGGUUUCAGGGGAAUGUAUGAUUCUCUGGUGCUUCGAGAACCUCAUUACUGGAUACAGACCUGGAUGGCAGUGAUGACUACAGGAAUUAUUCUGCUUGGAGUCGGUGGUCUGUCGAACAAGCCUUCAAGUUGGGCGGAAGAAUGGUACUGUGUAACUCGUGACAGAUUGUUCUCCCCAGAGCUGCGGAAUGUAAAGGUGAAAGAUUUAUUGGUCCCCAAAUGA